AUGGCCUACGACCCUGAGGCAUACAUGGAUGAGACACACCCUGAUAUCUUCGAGUUGCGCCUCCUGCCGGUCUGGCGAUGGCGUGAUACCAUGCAGCGCUCCUUCUAUCGCCUCUACGAAGCAGUAUGCGCCUAUGACGAAGCACUGAUUGGGUAUGAGACGGAGUAUUUUUGGAAGCGGCAGCCUAGUUGGAAUCCUGAGCUUCUCCGCGACCCACACGAAGAUGGCUGUACGGAUCCUGAGCAACUUGCCGUUUUUGCUUCACUGGCCGAGGCUCUUGUCUGGUCCUUUAACUGGCGGCUCUCCUUGGGUCUGCGGCGAAACGGUCGUCAUGUCGAGAGCGGUAGCCCUGUCGACUAUUUCUCUGCGCCGAGUUGGACACACCAUGUCCCCGCACUAGACGAAAGAUUGAUUCUGCACAAAUAUCAUGACCCCAAUGAUAAGAGUUCGGAUCCUGAUUUCGACAAAAGGAAUAUACAAGCAUCCUCAGCCUCGUUAAGGACGGUCUGA